AUAUGAGUCAGUGACUAUACUUUAGUUCAUGGGGGCCAUUCCAGAAAUCGCAACUAGUAUGUGGCCCACUUAUGAUGAAACUGCUUGCCAUCCCUUAUGGUAGGCGUUGACGCUAAAUACGGAUUCAGUAUCAUAAGUAGAACAACACGAUUGUGAUAAAUACAUUUUAAAAUAGUCUUAUUUCAACAUCAUCGCUUGUAAAAAUGAUAGUUGAGUCUUAGAGCUACCAAAUGUGUCCAGUGCUUUACUAACAUAAGCUGUCGAUCUAAUUAGUACUCGUGUUUCUAGUAUGAAAGCUUCCUUUAAUGCGAACAAGGGGAAUUGCCAACGUAUAAAUUCACAUCACCCAAAGGAGAACAACUUCAGCACAAGUUGUUCCUGUUACUACAAACAAAGGUAAAUAUGUUUAUACAGGGCAUGGGAGAAGGGCUGCUGAGUGACGUUUCUGGUGCACAAUUGGGUCAGCUGUCCUCUCUCAGGUCCGCAGUGCUAUUUCAUAAUAAGGGUCUCCUUCAUAAUAAGGGUCUCCUCAGUAGGUUGAAGGUAAUCUGUGUUUUCGCUGACGUGAUACAAUGUCUGGCAGAGGCAAGGGAGGCAAAGGUUUGGGUAAAGGCGGUGCAAAGCGUCACCGUAAGGUUCUUCGUGACAACAUUCAGGGCAUCACUAAGCCAGCUAUCCGCCGUCUGGCUCGCCGUGGUGGGGUGAAGCGUAUCUCCGGUCUCAUCUACGAGGAGACUCGCGGGGUCCUCAAGGACUUCCUUGAAAACGUCAGCCGCGACGCCGUAACCUACACGGAACAUGCCAAGAGGAAGACGGUGACCGCUAUGGAUGUCGUGUAUGCGCUCAAGAGACAGGGACGCACUCUCUACGGCUUCGGCGGUUGAGUUUUCCAUCCGGCGCCGAAACAACACAAAGGUCCUUUUAAGGGCCACACACCAACUCAAAAAGAGCUCUAAGUUCCAUGCAAAUACUUCUUCGAAGAUGGAAGAUGAUUAUGAUUUUAUCUUGUUGCUGCCCUGCCAAUGAAAAUGCAGCCCGAAUCUAAUAUAUAAUUACAUGCAGCCAACAGAACAAAUUAGGCAAAUUCAUUUUCUGGAUAAAUCCCCAACAUGUGAACACCAUGUAUUUCUUUUUUGUAAACUGAAUUGUUUGGUAGGUCAUUACAUGAUACACUAAACGGCCAAAUUCAACAGGAGGAUCGACCCUCUGGAUGGAGCUCCGUUGCAAUUAAUUUUACGAAAUUAACCCAUCCGUCAUUCUAAUUCAGUUAUGGUAUUCAAAUCUCCAUAUAAGAUUAAUAGUGUAAUAGCAGUAUAUAAAAUUAUAACUAUUUUUCUCCUCUGUAAUCUAAUAAAAGUCUUCCAAGAA